CCUCCAACAGACCGAAAUCAAAGACAGCUGGAAAAAACUCUUACACAGGAUGUUGUGUUUCAACGACUGAACAACUAGAUUUAUAAUUCAAGUAAGGUUGUGACUAUAUUUCAAGUGAUCUACAAUGUUCACGAUCGGAGUCGUUGUGGUGUGUUUAACAGUAACGAGUCGUGUGUUGAGCAACGAUCUAAAGCAACACUACAGCAUGUCAGAAUCUGGGUACACCACAAGUCAAGAGGGACUCCAAGACUCGACAACUGCCAGCCAGACAGGAAAGAAUGACUUUGCUAGUCUUAUAAAGGCUCUACACCACGUACAGAGAGUCCAGAAACAGAUGGACGAGUUUUCAGAAUGUAAGGAGAACGAAACGAUAUUUCUCAGCAUCGCUUUCGAUCACAGUCGUUGGAAAAGCGAAGCAAUGUUGGUAUUAGAAGUAGCCAACUUGAUGACAUUGUUAUGGAGAGAAAAGAGGUCCGUUGUUGAAACUGACACACUCCUGUAUUCCAUAGUUCGAUCAAACGUUCUAUUCUCGAAAUCGGUCUACGGGUCGGUGAUAUGCUUCGAACGAAGUCAAUAUAAAAACUACACGAAGUUCUGCCCGUACGCUUACAGGGACAAGAAACUAAAUAACAACAUCCAUGUACUGGAUAUUUCCGUGGAACACGAUUACUUAACGAGUGUCGAUACGAUCUGGUGGCAUGUGCCUCGYAAGGAAGCAUUGAAAAUGAGGUUAACACAGUUCACAGAGCAUUACAACACAAGAUUCAACGCAUCUUCUGAAAACCCCAUGCGCAACCUCACAGUACCUGUCCUCUUAGACAUGCAGGACGGAGUGUGGACCGACCCGUACUUUGAUUGCUUCGGUGGGAAAAGUUGGAUGGUAACUUAUUUGGCGCCAUUUUUCAACGAGACCGAUCAAUUUCUGGGGGUUGUAAGCAUUGAUAUCCAAUUAAAUGACAUUGAUAUCAACCAAUGUGACUCAAAAGAUACACAAGGAGAGACUGGAGACAAGACGAGCAAACUCAACGACUUCAUGGGGACGCACAGAUGUAAGAGCUCUACAAAGUGUGUUAACAUCCCAAAUCAGGGUUUUAAGAGGGGAAGCUACUGGUGCGAAUGUGCUAUGGGAUACUACCAUACAUCAUCGGGUGGGGUCACGAGGUUCAAUGGAUCCGUCGUUGAAGACGAGUACGAUAAAAAAGCCCAAGGUCUACCAAACGAAUAUGACAGAAGUUUUGAGUGCCUCAAGUGCAGUGAAGGCUGCCGGGAAUGCACCGAUAGUAGGCCCUGUCGAUACAGCUUCUCAAUCGUUCCCAGAAUUCUGAUGCUAACUAUAAAUGGUUUAGCAAUUUUGAUGGUGCUAGGGUUUGGUUUUCUGGUCGUGGCUCACCGUGACGCUAAGGUGUUCAACGCUUCGAGUCCAAUAUUUCUUCUUAUCAUAUUGUUUGGAGCUCUUGUUAUGUAUAUUGGGUUUGUUUUCCAGUACCUGUCUCCUYCAGAGCAYAUCUUAAGCUGUGUUAUAUUCCCGUGGUUACAACAUGUAGGAUUUUCUCUCGCCUAUGGCUCGCUAGCUCUCAAGUUAUGGAGAGUCUACCGGAUGUUUAGAGUUCGCUCUCCUCACAAAGUACAAAUAACAGACAUGAGCCUGCUUAGGCACCUGGCCGUUAUCCUAGCUAUUUAYAUCACAGUCUUACUUGUGUGGACGCUGACCACAAAGACGUUUGUUAGUAWUGCAGUGACUGUCACUGGUCUCAAAUACGAGAGAUGUUCAACAAACUGGUUUGACUAUGCUAUUGUCGUAUGCAAUGUAUUCCUCUUACUAUGUGCGUUAUGGUUGUGUUAUCGUGUGCGUAAAGCACCGUCAACGUACACUGAGAAUCGCUUCAUUACAUGGGCCAUCUACAACGCUACGUUUGUCAUGUGUUUCUUCGCUAUACUCAGAAGUCUUACUCGGAAGAAUACCAAYCCAGACAUAAUCUAUGCUGUGGAGUUUGUGUUUGUUCACAUGAUAGCAACAGUUAUGGUACUUUUAAUAUUCAUACCCAAGUGUAUCAUUAUACGAAAGAUCAAACGUCGAGGCGUUAGUACGUCAUUCUCAAGCAGCAAGAAGCGUUCUGGAGAACUUUCUCCCAAUGGAACCCACCUAUAUGUCACAGAUAUGGCCGUCAUGGAGCGAGAAAAUGAAGGUCUAAAGGCGGAAGUGAAACGUCUUUCAUCGAAAGUCGCUUAUCUUCAGUCAAGAAUGAUGAAAGACAGAAAUAAACACAUCAAAACCUCAGGGAUUACAACGUGGAAGAGAGAUAGGUCCGCCACKAAAGACACAGAAGACGGGGAACCAGAUUUGACUAAGAUUUCUCCAUCACCUAUAUCAAGAUUCUUAAGCUCGCACGUGUAGUCCAUUUACGUUUCAAGAAAGGUUAUUACUCUUGUAUCAACGRACAACAGGGGCGUAGCGUCAUUUACGCAAAUACGCACGUUCUUACGCGGAAAACAUUUCAUUUACGUUUUAUUCUUCCAUACUCGUGCGUACUUUYCAUAACAGCAACGGUACGCCCCUGCUCCAGGACCGCACUAUGUCCAGAAUAGCGGGUGCGUCUGUUGUGGAUGGAAGGAUUUCAGUAAUUUCUUUAGAGCAAGGAUAUAUUUAAGUGUCCGUAAUAGUGGGGUGAMCGCAAUACAUGUCAUUCAUUCAACACCCAAAUCAUUCAUAGAUCUACAUACGAGGUAGCAGAAAUGUUAUCAAACUAGAGUAGCUUUAAGCAUGUCUAAGGAGUUCUUUCCACGGUGAUCACUAAUGUUCUUUCUAAAUGCGACUCCAUAUUGCAAUUAAGUGAUAUGAUACAACAACACUCACGACUUUCAAAAAUGGCGGGCAUUCACGACCGUCAAUAUCGGGGGACUAGUGACGAAUCAUGGAAACGAGACCUUAGAGACCUUACAUCUAAAAAUCACUACGAAGAUCGCGUGUAUGUGAGUGUCCAAACGUUUGAUGUAUUUGAUAUGUUAUUUUUCKAGAACUCAUUGAUAAUUCAUGAGCUAUAAGACCAAURAGCAUCGAAMUGUUGGGUCACAUGAUGGGCCUUUAUAUCCCGAUAAAGCACUGAUAUUUUAUUAAUCAGUUCUAUAUCGCAACCCAACACUAGCAAAGUUCUCAGUUUUAAUGUCGCAUCAUAGACCUUUGCUAGGUUUUAAAUCAGUUUGAAUCAAUGUACAAGCCGUUCUUCCGUGUGGGAUCAAAUGAAUUCUUUCAAUUGURGCACAAUGCACAUGCUCAAUAGAAGUUUAAUAUACAUCACUGUUUUCACUUUUUUUUUCUAAAAUGAUAACAAUUUCUGGAUGUUGGAGUUCUAGAAGUCGUUUAUAGAACUCGAGAGCGUGUUUUAUCGGGUAUAUAGAUGCUCGAAUUAUAUCCCGAUAAAACACGCACUCGUUCUAUAAACAAACACACAUAACAAAGUACUCUUGCAAGACACCAUUGAAGUUUACUCUACUGGGGUUGGCCUUUGAGACCCCGUUUUGGUGCUUCGUCYCCAGUGCAGCGGUCAGCGACCGUGACAUAUCGCGCCACUUUUUGAAAGUCGUGAAUAUAAUUACAAARGAAAGAGUAGAAACUGCCUUAUAAUAUAUAUAAUAAUCUAUUUCAGUCAUAUAAGGUAUUUACCGGUGAAAAGAUUUAAAAAAAUCACUUCAACGUAGAAACCUCCAUAAUAAGGUCACUGAAAAGCAUUCUCUUAAUUAACUGUUGUACUAUAAUCAUAUUACGAACUGUUCGUGAUGUUGAGGUUUCAGCGAGGAAAUAAAGCUAUUUCAUAGGUAUAAUAGAACACAGUGAUACUGUGAAAUAUUUUGUAUAUAAACAUAACAUAUAUUUUUUAGAAAAACAAAAUAGCAAUUGUCAAACAGAAACAGAAAGUUUUUUAAAAUAGUUAAAAUUCAGGGUAGUUGUAGUUAUAGUUAAGCUUGUCCAGUAUAAGGUAAAAGAAAGACCUAUUUCAAAAGGUUGUCCUGGAAUUGUUGAAAAUUACACGACUGAAAGGAACUAUGGGAAUUGUCCUUUUCCUUUAUAAGGUCAUGUUUGUACUGGCGAAGUGCAUCAUGGUAUUGGUUAAGAAUCAAGAUGGCGGAUGCUUUAUUAUGACGACUUUUAAUGCGAAAUUAACGUUUCCCUACUGUCGAAGUUAAUUCAGAAAAUCAUUARAUAAUUAUCCUCCAGAUUAUUGAAAAGGUUUUUGGCUACCCAAUUACAUUUUCGAUAAUCUGUAGGCAGUCCGUUUAUGAAAAUCAUACAUUUACUCUGUAACGAAUCAGAUUAUAGUUGGUCAAUGUCAUUUUAAUGUCAAACACUACUUGAAUUUCGUCUUUGCAUCAUGAUUUUGAGGUUGUCUUCAAAGGACAAACUCCCAAUAAGAAAAUAACAUUAAAAUCAAAUCGUAACAACAUGUUUUUUGGAGAUUCUUGGCUAAUGGCUAAAGAUAGUGAUUAAUAAACUCUUAAUUGUAGAUAUCUUUUACGUAUAWCACAGUUCUUAUGUACAGCGGAGCCGGGUACUUCUUUCGGAGCUCAUUAACGUUAAUCCUGUGUUUUUAAACUCUUAAAAACGUAUUGAAGUUAACCCUGGAUUAACGCGAACGACAAAGCUUAAAGGACUACGUAAAGUGAGAGACUUGCAAAUUUAAAGAAUUUAUACAACAAAUUAAAAUGGUGAAACGAAUC